UACUUACGUAACCAAGAUGACUUGACAAUUUUGCCCUGUGUAACUGCCAGAGGUAAUGACAGCUUUUACUACCGCUGAACAGCACUUAAACUGUAGCAGCGGGUGUACAUAUGAUAAUAAGUGUAAUGUUUUUACCUGCGCCGUAAACUAGCUGCUACCUGCCAGUUCACAACGCCGUCGUUUAGUCCGUCCUUGUUGCCCUCCGUCAGCCGGACGUCUUAUAAUGUGGGUCUUCGGUUACGGGUCUCUCAUAUGGAAAGUGGAUUUUCCUUACGAGGAGAAGAGAGUUGGCUACAUAACAGGUUUUAGUCGUCGGUUUUGGCAGGGCAGCACCGACCACCGGGGAGUACCGGGUAAACCUGGCCGGGUCGUGACACUUGUGGAGGAUCCUGAGGGCUGCGUUUGGGGCGUUGCCUACAAGCUGCCGACGGGUCGAGAGCAGGAAGUGAAGAGCUACCUCGACUAUAGAGAAAAAGGUGGUUAUCAGGUCAUCACUGUAACAUUUCACCCCCGUCCACCACACACCCCUCCGCCCAGCCAGACGCUGCUCUACAUCGGUUCUCAAGACAAUCCGGACUACCUGGGCCCCGCCCCUCUGGAGGAGAUAGCCAACCAGAUUGUCAGCUCUACCGGUCCAAGCGGGAAAAACACUGAGUAUUUGUUUCAGCUUGCUGAUGCUUUAAGGACAAUUCUGCCCGAGGACUCAGAUACACACCUGUUUUCUCUAGAAACUCUCGUGAGAGAAAGAAUACGCAACGGACAGAAACACUUGCACACACAAACUGGCUGAUUGUAAUGAAUUAAGAAAAAAAACUUGGAUGAACAAAAAAAAAAGAGGCUGGAUAAGUCAAAUCUCAGGUUACAAGGUACUGAUGGGGCCAUGAGUUUGGUCCAGGUCCAGAAAAUAGGUUGAAAAGUCAGUUUUUAUCACUUAAAAGAAAUGAGUAUCUCAAUACACUGCACUUAAUCUGUAUCAAAAGCUGCUUUAGAAUAUGAAAAUAUGACGAACACUUGAAGGUACUGUCAGUGGCAUACAACCUACAUGUUGAGUGAUCACUAUAUGAUAAGGAUUAACUUGUUUUUCUUGUCCAUCAUUCAACAGCACAAAGGAGAAAUGUUAUGACGAAUAAAUGCUAAAUGUUCCGGUUGCAUUUCUGCAUUCACUGAUACUGUAUAUGUGGUCAUAUUUAACAUCUUACAUUAUAAGACCUCUCUCACAGCUGUCAUUAAAUGUGAGCUUUGUUUAUGGAAAUAAAAAAUUCAAGAGCUUUUGACUAAA